UAGAGAAACCGGUCUUGGCUUUUAGUUUAUAUAUUUAAGAAAAGUAGUUUAAAGAAAAAAACAAGUCAAGUAAGAAAAAAAAUCUCGUGUAUCUAUCACAGCCCAGGUCCGGUGAAUUGUAAGGUAAUUAGUGAUUUUUGAAGAGAUUUCGUCGGUUUGUGAGUGUGUGGAGAGAGAGAGAGCGAUCACCAUUUAAUGGAUCCGAGGGUGGCUUGGAUUCAGCCGGAACAGAAGGGACCCGCUAAUGUCUUGUGGAUGCAGAUCUGGGAAACCUCUCAAAGAAUCCGAAGCAAUUCAAGUCACCAUCAUCUGCUACACCUGAACUCGCCAGCACUGGACAGCAAGCCGAGCAACAGCAGCAAUCUCAACCUCACCAGCAACUCCGGCCCCGCCGCCCCCCUAAGCAGCAGCCCGGCCUCGGGGGCCGGAGUAGGACACAGAACAGGCCCUUCGGCCGCCGGCCCCGAGAUGGGGAUGGGGCCCGGCUCGGCCUCGGGGAACGGGGAUGUUCGCAGGGGACUGCAAAAAUCAUCUUCGGCCUCAUCAUCGUCAUCCUCGUCCCCUUCCCCUGAAUCUGGCACCGGCAGCUCUUCAUCGUCUUCGUGCUGCUCUUCUUCCUCUUUCUCCUCUUCGGGAAGGACUAAAGCCGGCGCCGGCCCAUAUUUCAAUCAUAAUUUCACCGAGACGAACGGUGGUGGGAAUGGGAACAACUUCGUGAAGAAUAACAACUACCACAAUAACAGUUUGAAGAGCCUGAUGAUGGGAGGGAGGCGGAAAAGGGAGAACAAGGCGAGCACUUAUGGCAUAAAUUACAUGCUGAGCUCCAGCAACGGAAACUACUACAGUGGGACCCCCUGGAAAACCAUGAAGUACAACAUGGGGGUGACUGGUCUUCAUGAAGAAAUCAUGGACUUCUACAAUUUUGUGUCACCGCGUCCUGAAGAAGAAACCAUGCGUAAAGAAGUAGUGAAACGAAUAGAGUCUGUUAUCAAGGAGCUUUGGCCAGCAGCUGAUGUUCAAAUUUUUGGGAGUUUCAGUACAGGACUGUACCUCCCAACUAGUGAUAUAGACUUGGUAGUUUUUGGGAAAUGGAAGAAUCCACCUUUACAGCUUUUAGAGCAAGCACUACGAAGACGGAAUAUUGCUGAGCCGCAUUCUAUUAAAGUACUUGACAAAGCUACAGUACCAAUUAUAAAGCUGACUGACCAGGAGACAGAAGUCAAAGUAGACAUCAGUUUUAAUGUAGAAACUGGUGUGAAGGCAGCUCAAUUUAUCAAAGACUUUGUUAAGGGUUAUCCAGUAUUGCCUUACUUAAUACUGGUCUUAAAACAAUUUCUUCUUCAGAGGGAUUUGAAUGAAGUCUUUACUGGAGGAAUUAGUUCUUACAGCCUUAUUUUGAUGGCUAUUAGUUUCCUACAGUUGCAUCCGAGGAUUGAUGCUAGAAGGCCUAGUGUAAAUCUUGGAGUUCUACUGGUAGAAUUCUUUGAACUAUAUGGGAGACAUUUUAAUUACUUGAAAACUGGUAUCAGGAUAAGAAGUGGAGGUGCUUAUGUUGCCAAAGAUGAAAUCAUGAAGAACAUGACCAAUGGAUAUAGACCAUCUAUGUUAUGCAUUGAAGAUCCUCUGGUUCCAGGAAAUGAUGUGGGGAGGAGUUCAUAUGGAGCCAUGCAAGUCAAACAGGUCUUCGACUAUGCAUACAUUGUCCUUAGCCAUGCUGUGUCACCGCUGGCAAGAUCUUAUCCAAACAGAGAUUCUGAGAGCACUCUUGGACGAAUAAUCAAAGUGACCCAAGAGGUAAUAGAUUACCGGGAGUGGAUCAGGAAGAAAUGGGGUGCAGGAAAAAUCCUUGGAUCACCUGAAUGUGAUAAUGGUGUCAAGAUUGAACCAGUAGAUAAGACCACUGGUAACAUUAUCAGAGAACAGCAGCAAAACAGAGAUUCGGAAUCUCCCUAUAGCCAAGCAUCGCCUAUGUCUCUGUCUAGCCCACAGCAGCUCUCCUCUGCCUCCUCUUCAUCAGCUUCAUCACUGUCUGGAAGUGAUAUAGAUUCUGAUUCUACACCAUGCACAACUUCAAACCUUCACCACUUUGGCAUCCCAGCAUUAGCUCCUUUGAUGGCAACUUUAGCACCUACACUACCCAUCCCAAGUGGGAAACCACAGACAAACAUAAGUGCAUUGAUAGUGACUUCAAAUGCUCAGGCUAGGAUUGGUGUCUCACCAGCCAGUAUUGGUGUUUCCACACACCCUGCACUCCCUUCCAGGCAGGUUUGUAUUGAAGGAGCGCCAAUGAAUCCUGUCACUGCUGUAUACCCUAUUCCCCCUACUUCAUCCCCUAGCCUUCUGCCAAGUCUAUAUAUGCAUCACAAGCAGCACAGUGGCCCAAAAUAUUCGGUGAAGGGACUCCAUAACCAAGGCUCCAGUCACAAUUCAAUGGGCGGCAUGAAGCAGCAGGUCAUUCACAGAGGGCAUAACCAAUAUAAUAAUCGUAACACAAAAAGGAGAAAACAGACACGGGACCCAAUAACUGUUAGUUUAAGUCGAUAAGAUGUGUGAAAUCAUUAUAUAUCAUCCCCAGUCUUCACAUAAAAACGGAAUGAUCUUGACAUCAGACUGGAAAUAAAGACCAGCAUUUAACUGCAGUUAGUGGGUAUUGGUUAAUAUCUACAGCUGGCUGUUUGCAUGUAUCCGAUAUGAUGGUUGGACUCCAUCUUACAGAACAUAUCAUCUUGUGCUAAGUAUUUGUGAAGCCUUAUUGAAUAUGGAGAUUUUGCUUCCCAUAGUUCUCAAGUCACUGCUUGAACGGCUCUGGUGAUAGAUCUGCAAGAGCUUGAGCUUUCACCACAACACUCUGCAGAUGAUGGGCACUUUCUGCAAUUCUUCACAAGCAGAGGCAAAUUUAGGAAUACUUCAAUCCAAGGGUCAUUCUCAUGGCUGACCUAGAUGGACGUUUUCAUGGCAAUUAUUUUUGCCGCUUCUUAGUCAUUGUUUCAUACAUAUAUCAGAACUUUUUACUCUGUACAUAUUGUAUCAUUUGUGCAAUAACUGUUUUUCAGAAGUUUUUAUUUAAUUUUCAUAUGAUGUUAUUAUCACAUGUUUAAGUUAUAUUUAAGUGGAGGAGGGAAACAUUUUGAAGUUUACAAAUCCUUUCCCAGGUUGCAUUAUCUAAGUUUAUAGAGGAUUCUUAGUUUGGCAGGUUUGAUAUUUAAGCUGAGUGUGCUAAUACCCUACGGGAUUUUGUUGAGUAGUUCUGGCUCCUUGAUUCACAGUAUAAUACUCAGUACUAACCAGAAGUUUUAAGGGAAUUUAGCGCAACUGGAACCAUCUUUUCUUCUGCUUUGGUCAUUAUUUGUGUUUUGGGCUGCGUUUUCUCAGGGUCUGUUUAUAGUCACCUUGAAUCUUUCACUUCUGAUUUGAAUAAGAGCCAGAAACGCAAGCCUUGCAACACUGAAAAGGCAUACUCAAACAAAACAAAAAUUUUGUGUGAACUAGGAGAACUUUGUUCAGUGUGAUAGUUCAUAAAAAUGUAACCUGUUAAUGUUGGGGUCCAGAUGGCAUUUAUGAAUGAUGUUCCCAGCUAACAGAAUGUGGUGGAAGGAAUUAUGUUGAUUCUAUUAAGGAAUCUGUAUACCAGUAUGCGUAUGUUCUAUUAGGAGCAAAAAAAGAAAAAGUACUUCAUCUGCUGUAUGCAUUUGUAGAAAGUGUUUUGAUGCAGUAUUGCAAAGGACAGCAAAGAUUUUAAAUCAUCUAUGUUGCUGGCAUUUAAUGGAAAUUACUGAUGCAUACAGUUAGACUAUGCAAGAUUUUUUCAUGACAACCACUGUUUUUUUGUUACCUUUUUGGAAGAGAGAAAAAUUACAGCCUGCCUAGCCCUAUGUUUUAACGAAUGUACCACAGUUGUCCUAGGAGAUUUGUCAUGCCUUCUGUAUUGCCUGAAUUAGGUUGAAAUUUAAACGUGACAAUGUCUCAUGAAGGAGUGCUGACCCAACUAAACACUAAAGUGGAUGAUGUCCACUUGUGGAGGUGGUUUCGUUUUGAGAUAAUGUUGCCAUGACAUUCAGGAAUUUGUAGGAAAACACUUGGAAAAUUUUCAAGUUGUUUAGACUUUUUUCAGCAACAGUAUUCAAGGAUAUUUCAUCUGUAAAAUGUUACUACUUUUAUCAACGUGUAAUAUUGAGAGCUCACUGCUAUGAUUUUCUGUUGCAUGCUAUUGACUUGUUUAGCUAGUGUGCUUUAUAUUCUAGAGCAUUCCAGUAAAGUCCACGUUUUGUCUUUGUACAUACUGUAAUUUCAUGAAAAUAAUGGGGACCUGUAAAAUUAUUUCGCAUGAGGAUCAAAUUUGUAGGGACUUUGUAGAUGUGACGUUUAAAUUAACAAAAUUUCCCCAAUGAAAACGAACAUUAUUAUACAGUGGAAACUUCACAACGUAGAUUUUCAACUCUCCAGUAUAAUUAGCACAACAAACCCGAGGGGUUAUGAAUUCAGUGCUUGCGUUAUAAACCCAGUGCAGCACCAGGGAAUAGCUUGUUUUAUUUGUCAAUCAUAAACAUUGUGAACAAUAAAAUUCUGUUCAUUUUAGCUCUGUAGAACGAUUGCUGUAAUGUAAAGCUGCAGCAGAAGUUGCACGGCUUAAUAUUCCAGCCCACAAAUAGGAAUUUUGGAGCAAUAUUUUGGAUAUUAUGUUCAGUUUAGAUAUACCAUAUUCCACACAUUUGAGAAAACAUCUUCCCCAAGGAACACACCUGCAAUCUCUAUCCUGUUUAGCCCCGCUGCUGGCUUGAAACCAUGUAUUUCAUUGAAGCAGUUCAUUCGGAUACCAGCAUUUGGGCGUAACUGUACCUGUGUGUAGUGUGGGUUUUCAUUUGCCUUCAGAAUUGUGGAUUACUGUCCCUACUCUCCACAGAUACCAGUGUAAAUGUGACUUAUUUUGAACAGAAGGUGAAUAGAUCUCUGCUAAAGUUUCUAUUAUAAAAAAAGGUAGCCAUGCAAUUAGGAUGAUGCAUCUUGCACAAAAUCAGAACAUUGUAUUGGUAUAACAUAUAACUGGAGCAUAUUGGGUACUGUUUUUCCAUAAAUCUGUAGUUCGAGUGCUUGUAUACCCUUGAAGUUUCAUUGCAUCCAUGGAAGUGUGUUAUGCAGUCUUUAGUUUCACAACAUUCAUCCAUGGAGAGUAUAUUUACCAUAUUACUGCUAUAAUUAUUGGUGACCUCUUGUUUAAAGAUACAUUCAAAAUAGACCAGUUGUAAUCCUCAUAUGUUGAAAAAUCUCUUAAAUAUUGCUGAAUUUGUGCUGUCUGUUGGCAUUGCUACUUUUGCUGAGUUCACAGCAUCUUCUGAUACUAUUUCAAAGAACCAUUUUAACACACUAAGUCACAAGUUUUGAUUUUAUUUUUGGUCUCUGUUUAUUUUAAGAAGGUUUUACUAACAAUUAUUCAUGAUCAUAAAAUCUAAGGCUUUUUUCUACAAUGGUUAUGUAGUUCCAUUUGGUGACCUAAGCUGCGAGGGCUAAACUUAUGUUGGAGAUGUGCUUUUGCAAUUAAAAUCUACCCAAUUACAAACGAGGUGGGGAAGAAUUAUUUUUAUGAAAUUACUGUACAAGGUAACAGUUAAGUCAUACUGGCAAUCCCAGCAAACACUACAGCUCAAACCAAAGCUUAAAUGAUAAAGGUGAAUUUGUGCUGAAAUGGUUUUCUAUUGAUGCAUAACAUCUAGCUAUAUAAGCUUCAGCAAAGGCAGAAACACAUUACUUUGUAGCGAUUUGGUUUAUGCAAUUAAUAUCUGAAAGCGCUGUGUAUUUUGUGGUGCUGGAUAACCAUCUGUAUCAUGUUCAAGUUCUGUCAUGGUGAACAAUGAAUUGGCCUGACUACCACUGUGGGGUUGUACGUUCAUACGUACAAAAAGAAUCGUGUUUAGGACUCUACUGGGGCAAGUAAAAAUCCAACAUUUUUUAUGUAUAGUUUUCUAUUCUUUGAUUAUUUUUAAUAAACUUACUGAAACAAUU